AUGCGUAGGACGCGCAACUUGGCGCUGCUCGCGUACUUGACGUCGCAGAUCUUUGUCGUCCUGCGCCUCGACCACGUCGUCGAGUGGCACUGGCUCCUCGUGUUCAUUCCGUACUACGUCGCCAGCGUUCUCUCGUGCGAGGGCUUUGACUUGAUCCAGUCGCUCCUCAUUGCCGCCAAGAUGGACGGCAUGCUCAACUCGACGUGGCUCUUGACGCUCAUGCCGUCGUGGGUCGGCCUCGCCAUCUUCCUCGUCUUCCUUCCGCUCCAGACGUACUGGGCGUUCAAGGCGUCGCCCGACGACGACGACGACGUCGAGCCCAAGUCGCGCGUCUUCCGCUUCUUCCUCGCGCUCGGCGUUUUCUUCAGUCUCGUCUUCCUCUCGUCGCCGAUCUUCAUUGCGAUCUACCGCCUCGACUACGCGGUCUUCUCGACGUUCUUCAUUGCCCUUCCAUUCUUUGUCCUCGUCGGCGUGGCCAUCGUGGCCGGUCUCGCGUCGGUGUUUCUCAUGACACCCGAGCCGACGACGAGCACGAUUUACGUCCACGCGGCCGCCGACGACGAGUGCUAA